UCCGGACUCUCAUACAUAACAGGAGGUCAUGGUGAUAUAUCAGUGAAAUUGUUUUGGUAGCGUUGCCAAGGAUUGUACAACUCAGGAAGUGACCUUAUCUGGUCAGCGGAGGCGGACACGUUGAAGUAGUGAGACCUGUCGAGCAGGACACAAAACACCGGCUGGAAACAAUUGCUAGCUUGAAGGUAGCUAACUCGUAACGACCACGGUGUUCAACGUGUGUAACGUGUGCCUCCUGGUAAACCCAGGUAACGUUAGCGGUAGGUGAAUCAAAAUGGCCCAGGGCAUACCAGAUGAGAUAAUGAUGAAUACUGUGCUGAUAAAAGACUUGGCGGACGUGGCAAAAGAUGCAGCACUUCUGCAGGGGGCCUUAAUGAGGAUUCAGGAGACCCCCAACUCAUCAGAGUUGGUGACUUACGCUCCAUUCACACUCUUCCCCACACCUGUGCCCAAGGCAGUGUUCCACCAGGCUCUGGCAGUGCAAACUCACUACAACACACUGGUGGACAAGAUCAGCCAGGAUCCAGACUUUCUGCAAGAGGCUCUCUCUAGCACCAUUGCAGUGGAUGAUUUCACUGCAAGGUUGUUCAGGAUCCACCAACAAAUCCUAAAAGAAGGAAGGUCUCAGUCUAUUGUUUUGGGUCUCAAUCGGUCUGACUACAUGCUGGACCAGGGAGAGGACGGGUCGUCGUCUCUGAAGCAGAUAGAAAUCAACACCAUUGCUGCCAGUUUCGGAGGUCUCUCAUCACGCACGCCAGAUAUACACAGACACAUCCUUAAGGUGGCUGGGCAACUGGAGCAGAGCCAGCGGAUCCUAGACAACAACCCUGCAGCUGGUCUGGCCAGGGCGAUUGCCAAAGCCUGGGAGCUCUAUGGAUCAGAGAGAGCAUUCGUCAUGUUCUUUGUGGAAGAGAGCCAAAGGAACAUCUUUGAUCAACGAUACGUUGAGAAUGAACUGUGGAAGAGAAACAUUCCUACAAUGAGAAAGCGGUUCGACGAUGUUUGUAAAACAGGAUCCCUUGAUCAGGACAAGAGGCUGUUUGUUGAUGGCAAAGAGGUGGCUGUUGUGUACUUCAGGAAUGGCUACAUGCCUCAGAACUAUACUUCCGAACAGACUUGGGAUGCUCGUCUUCUGAUGGAGCGCUCUCUGGCUGUGAAAUGUCCAGAUAUCAGCACCCACCUGGCUGGAACUAAGAAAGUCCAGCAGGUGCUCGCCAGACCUGGAGUUCUGGAGAAGUUCUUCCCCGGCCAGCCCCAAGUAGUGGAGCAGAUCAGAGCAACAUUCGCUGGCCUCUACACUCUAGACAUGGGACCAGAGGGUGACAAAACGGUAGCAAUGGCUUUGGCAGCACCAGACCGGUUUGUUCUGAAGCCUCAGCGGGAGGGAGGAGGUAACAACAUCUAUGGAUCAGAGAUCUGUCAGGUCCUGCAGGGAGUGAAGGAGAACACAGAGAGGAUGGCCUAUAUUCUGAUGGAUAAAAUCCAGCCCACCCCGGUACAGAACUGCCUGCUGCGACGAGAAGGUCCUCUUCAAAUCAGUAACUGUCUCAGUGAAUUGGGAGUGUUUGGAGUAUAUGUCAGGCAAGGUACAGACAUGGUGAUGAACGAGUGCGUGGGUCAUCUGCUGAGGACCAAGAGUUCAGAACACUCAGACGGAGGCGUAGUAGCAGGAGUGGCCGUGCUGGACAAUCCUCUCCUCGUCUGAGAAGUUACAUUCCUACCUGCUGGGCUUUCAACACCAGAAACACACAAACGGAUAACAAUGAAACAAUGAUAUCAAGGUGGCACUUUUCAGUCACACACUUUGGUUGCUACAGCUUGAAAGUGAGCUGAGUCCCACAUGUAACUUACUCGACACUGGGCGGACAGACAUACUAGCAGUGUAAGCUCAAGAUGAAGCCUCCGUUCCUCCAGGACUCCUCCUAUGAGAGGCCCUUUGAGACAUAAUUAAUACUUGGUUUCACAUGUAACAUCAUAGUCUCAUACAUACACCACUAUACUCUUACACAAACACUACUAUACCCUCUUACAUGCACAAUCAUACUCUCAUACAUACACCACUAUACUCUCACACAAACACUACUAUACCCUCUUACAUGCACAAUCA